UGCUUCCGCCGGGCUCCUGCGCCUUCGGGAGGCCGCGGCCCAUCGUCCUGGACGCCAGGGUCCCGGACAGGCCCGCUCUUUGGCUCACGACUGCGGGCUCCGAGGACGCUGUGGCCUGACCUUUCCGAGGCCGCGGUGGGCUGCCAGCCCUGGAAUUCAAGGGAUGAAGCUGCUGGCCGCGGUCCGCGGGACACCUGCCCCUCCCGCCCACGGGAGCCGUCCUACUGCUCAGCUCCCUUAGGACCCCUGCACCGGAGCACCUUCCUUCGCUCUUGGAUGGAGCACGGCCUCUCCAGCUUUGGGGGCGCCGUGGGCGGCCUCGGUGAGUGAAACUUGGUGUGCUGUUUGCUAGGAAGAAACCCCGGAAACAGGGAGGACACUCGGGCGCCUGAGACCUGGUCGGAUCCUGAGACUUGGAAUCGUGUGUGGGGCGGGGAACGCCUCUGGAUGUACUUCUGAAUUCAGAGCACUCACCAAGCCCAUCGCUGUGCUGCUGAGCCCCAACGGUGCCAGGAAGCGGCCUCAGGAUUUGGGGGUUCAUUACACAUUCCAACCAUGUUCCUGCGGCGGCUUGGAGGCUGGCUCCCUCGCCCUUGGAGCCGCAGGAAACCCAGGCCUGACCUGCCCACCCCAGAACCCAGCCGGGUGGAUAGCUCCCCUGAAAACUCAGGGAGCGACUGGGACAGUGCCCCCGAAACUAUGGGCGAUGUGGGGCCAUCCCAGAGGAAGGACUCGGGGGCCCGGAGUAGUUCUGAGGCUGCUCCACAACCAAGCAGGGAGCCCCAAGUUGAGCAACUGGGAAGCAAAAGAAUGGAUUCCCUCAAGGGGGACAAGACUGGUGCUGGCAUUCAAGAGUCGGGGAGACUGGAGGCAGCAGAGGCCAUUCCCAAACUGGGAUGGGAUCCCGAGGACUCAGGUGGCACCAGGAGGUCUGAAGUGUCUCCUGCCGCGCCCGUGGAGAAGCCCGGCCGGCGUCAGAAGCUGCUGGGCUGGCUGCGGGGGGCACAGGGUGGGGGAGCACAAGGUGGGGGAGCAGGGGCUCCCUCGCAGUACCUGGGGGGCCCCGAGGAGUGUCUGCAGAUCUCCACCAACCUGACCCUGCACUUGCUGGAGCUGCUGGCCUCAGCCCUGCUGGGGCUGUGCUCCCGGCCACUGCGGGCGGCCCUGGACAUGCUGGGCCUGAGCGGGCCUCUGGGCCUCUGGCUGCACGGGCUGCUGUGCUUCCUGGCCGCCCUGCACGGGCUCCAUGCCGUGUUGAGCCUCCUCACUGCCCACCCCCUGCACUUCGCCUGCCUCUUCGGUCUCCUCCAGGCUCUGGUGCUGGCUGUCAGCCUCCGGGAGCCACGCGGGGGUGAGGAGGCCACUGACUGGGGGGGAAAUAAGUUGGGGAGGGAGGGUGAGGAGCAGAGGGGAGACCCAGGAAAGGGGCUAUGACCUCAGAGUGGGUGUGAGCAGGCCCCUCCCCCGCCCCAGGGUGACAACGUGUGGCCUUUAGGAGAGUAGGGGGCUUGGCCCAGACUGUAAGCACAGGGACCUCAGGGAUGGGGAAGAAACCCCGGAGUAUGAGGGUACCCGCCCGCCCGCCUGCCCACGGGAGGGAACAGCUGUUCAGGGUGUCUGGGAUUAUGGACAUGGGGGCGUAGCCUUUGAAUUCACCAGCUGUUGUUAACUUUUUGAUUUUAUAUUUCUCCUACCUUCAAGUUUGCUUUUCCAUCUUCACAUUUUAAAAGCCAAAAAAUAUUUCUUUAAUGUGGUGGUGGAGAAUAAAGACUAAAUGGCCCUCUCUA